GCCCCUCUUUUAGCCAGUCCCAGAUUUAACUCGGAACUUUGACGAGGCCAGGCUGCGAUUUGAGUCCCUCGUGCAAUCCUUCGUGCAACACUUCGUGGAAGUUUUGAAGAUGCCCGAGGUUAUUGGCUUUGAUGAUGAGAAUCUUGAUGAUGUUGAUGAAACUCUGAUAGAGAGACUUAUAGGCUUGACAGAGAUGUUUCCAGAAUCUGUGCGUCAAGGCUCUAGAAAUGCUGCAAGAGGUGUGGCUAUUGGUGCUAGGUGGCUCUACAACUUCACAGGGAAAUCGCUUUGGAUUAUGAGUACAUCAUUUGUUGUACUUGCCUUGCCAGUUAUUUUUGAGGUAGAAAGAGUUCAAACAGAAGAAGCACAACUUCAACAGCAAAGACAAAUUCUUCUUGGUCCUGGCAGUACAGGUCCUGGAUCUGGACUCCCUCAUGGUUACCCUGCUUUACAGCCUCAGAGAAACUAAUUAGGAUUUGGGGAAAAAGUGGUCAGGAUUAUGGCAAUCAAGAUUGUACAGUAAAUACCAUUUUUAGAAUGCUACACAACUUUCUGGAAAACAUGCCUAAGUGAAAUUUUUUUGAGGGUGUUACCUUAGAUGGAAUUAAGGCAUUGCUUAAUGGCAGUUUAUUCUUAACCCCCAAAGAGUUCAUAGUGACUAAUCAGCAACCUUACAAAUCUGAACAAUCCUCUGGUGGAAAGAAUAGCAUUUAGUCGUUGUAAACUUAAACAGACCUAAGAUGUAG